AUGACACCAGAUUAUUCCAUGUCUUUGUCUAGGCGAAUACUAGUGAUGCAUAAAAUCAAAGCAACAUGGAAUGAAGCAUAUGCACAAUGUGUUGCUGAUGGUGGACAACUUAUGAAAUACUAUUCCAUAGAAGAUGAUAAAGCUCUCGAUAAGUGGCUCGGGGGUGGUCCGAGCGAAGAUUUUUGGAUUGGAUUGAACUCAGAUAGUACGAGUACGGGCAACGAAAAUGACUUUGUGUAUGCUGAUUGUCAAAGUAUAUCUACAUCAUGGACUAAAUGGGAGGGUGGUUUCAAAAGCGAAGGGGAAAAGGGCUGUGUUGUAGCAAAGAAGGACACAAGGACAUGGUAUAGAGAAGUUUGUUCGACUGAAAAAUAUUUUCUGUGCGAAAAACUAGAGGGUCCAUGCACAUAUGAAUCUGUAAACUCAGAUUGUGUAAGUUCUGGAGGAGUAACACAACCAUUUGUGUCCAAUAGUGGCAGUGAAUGUCGUGAAAAAUGUGACACUGAAAUUAUGAAUAGCAAACACUGUUUUGCAUAUAGUCUAGAUUCAAACUGCGUGCUAUAUUUUUCAACGAAUCCAUAUUUCUGUGAUAAUGCAUCAGGAAACACAAAUACUCAUCUACGAAGGUGUUACUCGUAUGAAACGAGUAACCAGAAACCUUUAUCUGCGAAUACAAAGGCUGGCCCGAAUGCACGAACUUGUACGAGUUAUGUACCGCCUACCACAACAACAACUACUACUACAACUCAAUCGCCAACAACUACGACUCAACCACCAACUACUACAACUGAACAACCAACCACUACGACUACAACUGAACAACCAACCACUACGACUACACCCUCGACCACGACUCAGCCGCCAACCACUACGGCUGAACGUACUACAACAACCACAGUACCAACAACAACAACCACUACUUCACCAAAUACUACGGCCACUACCUUACCACCACCUACUAGUCCUACUACCACAAGCUUAACGACAACAACCACCCCAUCGCCAACUACAACCACAACAUCAGCGAAUGCUACGGUUACUACCAGCCCGACUCAGCCACCAAUUACAAUACCUACAACCAAUUCACUAUCAAGCACCACAACUAAACCACCAUCAACGACAACCACUAAUUUACCCCCAACUACUAGCACAAGCUUUGUUGUGGCAACAUCCUCGUUUAUUCAAAGCACCCAAACAUCACAGGAAACAUCGACAGAUACAAGGCAAUGUAUAUGUGAUAUUUGUGGUACAAGAAAUCUCACAUCAAUUCAAGAAGAAAUGAAACAAGUAAUGAACUAUUUAAAAGUGAACAACGCAAAAUUAUCAUCUACCAGACGUAAAAAAGAAUCAGCCGCAGACGAGAGACCUUCUGCUCAAAAUAUAGGUAUGUUACGGAUUUGUGCAGCUCCAUUGCUUGUAUUUUUACUUUUCUUUAUGACAGAUGUAUCGUAUUGUUUACUUCGAGAAUUUGUAUUGUAUACCCAAAAAACAUCAUGGAAUGAUGCUUAUGUAAAAUGUAAACAGGACGGAGGUCAAUUAUUAAAACUGUAUUCAAAAGAAGAAGAUUUAGCGCUGGAGAGAUUAAUGAACAAAGACCCGAAUGACGAUUUUUGGAUAGGUUUAAACACAGACGAUCCUAAUGCUCGAUGGGAGUCCGAUUUUAAAUUUGCUGAUUGUCAACCAUUGUCGUGGAGUAAUUGGGACAAUGGAUUCAAACAAGAAAGUCAUAAACAAUGUAUUCUCGUCAAGAAAGACACUCGCCUCUGGUACAGAGAAGACUGUUCCCAGGAAAGUAGUUUCAUUUGUGACAUACCAAAGGGUGAUUGUACAUAUGAAAAAAACAUUCGAGACUGUCCGACUGCAUAUGAAGAUAAACAAAUAAUUGACAAACAAACCAGAGAGAAUUGUCAAUAUUUAUGUGAAAAGGAGAUAAAAAAUGGAAAGAAAUGUUACGCCUAUCAUUUCUCAAAAUUGUGUGUCCUGUACCAUUCCAGCGACCCAUAUUUCUGUGAAAAAAGUGGAGGAACAAUUAGUGUGCAUUUACGAAGAUGUUAUUCAUUUCGAGUGUAUACGGAGGAUGUAACAGUAGCCCAGGUGUUUAGUUCGCCUAAGGUCCGGACUUGCACUAUCUACGACCUAAAUUCUAUAGCCACAACUACCGAAUCUACUGAAUCCACAACAACUACCCAUCCUGCGACUUCAAGUGCAAGAACAACCACCAAACCUGUAACUACAACAACAGCUAUACAAACCACGACUUCAUCCACCACAUCCGAAUCUAAGACAACAACGGCUACACAACUUACGACUUCAUCCAUCACUUUCCAACCUACAACCAAAUCAACAACUAGGACUUCUAAUACAACUGACCAAGCCACGACUUCGAAUACAACCACUCAAUAUGCUACUGUUCCUAGGAAUUCAACCACCACAGCACAACUCUCAUCUUCAAUCACCCAAUCUAGAAAUUCAACUACGUCCACAACAAGAGCUACAUCACAAACGACUUCAAUCGCGCAAUCUCUGGCUAUAGGAGAGUCAUCUAAUACUACUUCACCAACUACAACUUUAAACACGGCCACUUCAACUUCGAGCGAUGCAACUACAGAACUAUCUAGAACUGCGACCACUGCAACCAGAUCUCAAACUACAGUAUACAACACAACAGAACCUAAUCUCGAAUCACAAUCUCCGAACACCUCACCGUGGUCAAUAGGAACGACAGAAGAGGCGGCAAAAUCUGAGUUUUGUGUCUGCGAUGCUUGUGGAAAGAGAAACAUGACAGCUAUUGAAGAAGAAAUGAAACAAGUUAGAAAAGAUUUAAAAGUGAACAAUGCAGAAUUAUCAUCCACAAGACGUAAAAAACAGUCAGCCACCGACAAUAGACCAUCCGCUCAAAAUAUAGGAUAUAACAAAGAUAUAUUCAGAUAUUAA